CUUCUAUGUUUAUAUCAGAGUCAUAAUCACAGACUAAUCUGUGUCAUAAUUCUCUGAUUUGAAUUUUGGAUAAUCGAUUUGAGCCUUGAAUCCUUGAAUGUUCAAUCUUAUUAACUCAAACUAUAAUCGAAGGAUUAUUAUAAAAUAUACAACAUUUAAUGAUUGAAAUGUAGCACUAGGAUGCUAAAUUGAAAACAAGGUUAUAAACUCAUUACUAUCCUGUUGGCAAUUGAAUUCAAUAUGAACUUUUUGAGAGAAAUUUUCAUUAAUUUUUUGGAGAGUAAUAGAAGUCUGGUUGUUGUAUUUUUUUGUUUACCUGUAAGCCUUUUAUUUGAUAUGUAUCUCAAUGUGAAGAAAAAUAUCAGCAAAGAUUUAUUUCUUUCAAAAAAACAUGAGGAACAAGUAGAACAUAUACAGCAACAAGUGAGAGGGUGGAAUGAGUCGAGUUAUUCAAAACGAAAACUAUUAUGCACAUCUAGGCCUAACUGGAUGAGUCUUUCUACAACUUUCUCUAGAAAAGAUAAACUUCAUCAGAUUUCAGUUGAUCUAUCUGAUAUCUUGGAAAUGGAUGAAGUAAAUAUGACCAUAAGGGUAGAGCCUAUGGUAACUUUUGGUAGAAUAUCAGAUUAUCUAAUUCCGAAGGGUUAUGCAUUAGCCGUAACUUUGGAAAUUAAAGAUGCAACUUUGGGUGGAGUAGCUCUGGCUGCUGGUAUGAGUACACAUUCUCACAAAGUAGGCUUAUAUCAAGAGAAUGUAGUAGCAUACGAGUUGGUUUUGGGAGAUGGUUCAUUUGUUACUGCUUCGGAAAAAGAAAAUGUAGAUUUAUUUAGAGCAUUGCCAUGGUCUCAUGGUAGUUUGGGCUUUCUUGUUGCAUUAACAUUGAAAAUCGAAAAAGUAAAGCCUUUUGUUAAAGUUGAUUAUUUACCUGUUAAAGGGUUAGAAGAUUAUUGCAGUAUGAUUCGGUUGUUAUCAGGAGAUGAAUGUAUUGGUUCAUCCCUACCAGACUUCAUAGAAGCUACAAUCUUUUCUAAAGAUGAGGCUGUAGUUAUGAUAGGCAAUUAUUCUGAUUACAAUCCAAAUAUACCAAUUAACCACUGCUCUAGAUGGUAUAAACCAUGGUUUUACAAACAAACCGAAGAAGUUUUACAAACAGGAAAACGUACAGAACUCAUUCCAUUGAAACAUUAUUUAUCAAGGCAUAAUCGUUCAAUUUUUUGGGUAGUUGAGUCUAUGAUACAUUUUGGUAACAAUUUAAUCUUUAGACUUUUAUUUGGAUGGUUACUGCCUCCAAAACCAGCAUUCUUGAAAUAUUCUACAACACCUGGCAUAAGAAAAUAUACUGUUACUAAGCAAGUAUUUCAAGAUAUAGUUUUUCCUCUUCGUACAUUACAGGAUCAAAUAUGUAAAUCUGAGGAAUUGUUUAAUAUUUAUCCUCUUCUUGUUUAUCCUUGUAAAGUUUACAAUAAAGGUCCACAUUCAGGACAAUUGAAAGCACCCAAUGAGAAGUAUAUGGUUGAAGGCACAAACUAUGCCAUUUAUAAUGAUUUGGGUAUCUAUGGAGUACCAGGGUUUAUUAAAAACAGUGACCCAUCAUACAGUACAAUACAAUCUCUGAAGGAAAUGGAGGAAUACACCAUAAAAACAGGUGGUUUUGCAUUUUUAUAUGCAGACAUAGUGAUGUCUAAGAAGGAUUUUGAAUUGAUGUUUGAUUUGGAACUUUACGAGAGGGUGAGAAAAAAAUAUCAUGCUGAUUACUCUUUUCCUCAUUUGUUUGAUAAAGUGAAACCUGAAAUAGAUAUCAGUGAACUGGAAUAAAAAUGAAAAAUAAAUAGUAAUAUUCAAUAAAAAAUGUUACACAAGGACAUCUUUGAAAGGUAUGGCUUACCUUUGAGAAAAAUAUCUUUGCCCUUCUCAAUAUAUGCAACUUAUACGACUAUUAUUGUUUUUAUAAUUUAUUUUAUAUUUUUUAUUGUUUACAAUUUGUUGAAGUUUAUCCUUAGUAUUAAAUGUUUUAGAUGAAUGUGUCUUUGGCAUUUACCAAUUUUUUUAAAUAAAGUAUUUAUUGAUGGUUUUGUUAUUAAA